UUGUUUACUGGCGAAGAGGACAAUCGUAGUUGUCUCAUCAGCUGUCCAUAACUGGAAAGAAAGGACUUUUGUACUGGAUUGGCGUGUCUCUUUGCACUUUACUUAGUUUUCGCAGGGAUCUACCAAUAAACUAGUGUUUCCACUAUUAAUUGUGGUGUAAGGAAGAAAACUUCUUCAUUUUUCCCCUUAGGAGCAUCUCGCCUAGAUCCGUCUCUAUCGAGUGGGUCCGUAUCAAUAAUGGGUGACGAACAAGCUGGUCCUUCCAGAAAUAACACAAAGGAUACAGGAAGAUCUAACAGCUCAGGAACAAAUGGGAGUAAGUCGGCAACAGAUAAUGUUACCAAACAAGCUGCAUCACUGUCAACAGAGGAAACAAGUAGUCACCUUGUAUAUGGCAAUGUGAGAUCUACUUCACCCACCACAGCAACCCAAAACUGCCCUGCUGUAGAUAGAGAAUGCCCAUCUGGCCAUUUUGAGAAUGAUUUGGAGAUGCCAGAAUUAGAGACUCCUAGUCCUGUUCUGGUGCCUUCUCGAUUUCUUUCACCCCCAGUGGCCUUGCACUAUGAUGAGUCAUUACCAUUGACUCUACAAAUGCCAGCAAGCAUCAAUGUCAGUGUUAACUUGCAACCCUCAACAUACAAUCUGUCUGGACCCCCAGAUCCUGUGUUUCUUGAUGACAGCAUGGAGAGUGGUGAGAGGGAAAUCACCAUUACACGAAAUCCUUAUUUCGACCCUUCCCUUUCACCGGGCCCAGUGGACGAGUUUCUUUCCCUUGCUUCGUUCAGUAGCCACGUCGACGGCUUUCACUUUGGACUGGAGGAAGCACCGGCACCUCCCCUAUGGGUCAACAAUAACCGCGUCGAAUCUUUUUCUCCAGCUGCUACAACAACAGUUACGAGCGAUGUUCGUCGCAAGAGACCAAAUUCAACUCAACAAGAUUCGAAUGGCAACGCAUCAAAGUCCAAAAAGCAGGCCGAAAAUACUGGCGGAGAGCCCGUUCCCGGUCCAUCGGGUUUCGGAGUCGGAAGAUAUGCUGCUGGUGAUGAUGGCCCAGUGGCUGAUGACUUACAAUUAGAAUGUCUUACGGACGGCUCUUCCUCUGCCACCGAAUCAGAUAUAGAUGACGAUGACAGUUGCAUCGAAGUGGUUAGUGUUCGACCGGGAAUUUCGCGACAACCUGAAGUAGUUGAUCUUACCAUUUCCGAAGAUGAAGCCUCGACCCCCAAUCCCUCAACAUCGUUCGGCUUCUCCCGAUCUGGGAGACAACCAAAAUCGUCGGUAUCUUCAAAGACAAAAGCUGUGCCUAAAGCUGAACCCCCAGCGGCACCCAUACCAGUAGUCGUUGGAGAAAAUAAUCACCAGCAGGAAUCUGAAGUAAGGCAUGCAUCACCGGCGGUGGUGACUGUUUCACCAUCGUCACCUAUUGGUAGUCGUCCUGGAACUUGGUGUGGAUGUCCAGGACAAUUCUACGUGGACGGUGGACGACCACCCCUAGGUGUGGCUUGGCCAAGUAAUGCCAGUCAAAACCGAGCCCAUUACAUUCCGAAUCAAUCCCUUCGACCAUCACCGUUGGCCCACCAUGCCACAGCCUUCUCCUAUACCCCACCUCCACCAGCUUAUCACCAUCCUCCGCCACCACCCGUUCUGACCCUUCGCUUACCUUCAACCGUUCAAACGCACGGAGGGGCUCGUUCGCCCGUCUGGUGGAGUUAUCCCAGUAUGGCAGUAGAAACAAUAGCAACCUCUUCGCCACAGCAAGUUAUAGCCGAGGCAUCCUCUAAUCCGGCCGCGGUACAUCCCCCACAACCCAGUCAGUUGGCCGAAGCCACCGCUUCACCAUCACCCAUUUUUGUUCCUCAAACAACUGCUGGAUAUGGUUUCUACCAUGCAGCACCCACUUCCGGCGUAUCCAGGCCUGUAGAUGGACGCUGCACAAUGCCACCUGCCAUUGCACGCAGUUUCAUGCGUAUCCAUCCCAUCCAUCAAAGGAUUUGGCAUUCACAACAGCGUUCGCAAGAAGCUCAACGCCGCCAUAUGGAUAUGGCACAACGUGUCUCAGCUGGAGAGCCUGUCGAUGUCAGCGGUCCGUCAUCGAUGGCAAACCCGCCGAGGAUGAAUCAAGGUGCCCAAAACCAGCAGCAACCAUCUGGUUUCUCUGGCCCUCCGCCUGCAUACCACCCAGUUGCAGUUGAACGCAGCAGCAGUCCAUCACCGCAGUUCAGGACUGUGCAUGCUCCAGAUUUGAGUGGUCAUAUGAUGCCAGGCGUCCAAGCUGAAAUUGUUGUGGAGAGCACUCCUGUUAAUUUGGAUCCUCGCCAUCAUCAUUUGCCUCCUCCUCCAGCCUAUGCUUUUGCCCCGUCUUACCAUCACCACAUUGCCCAUUUUAGCUUGCCUGGUAACUUGCACAUUAGUAUAGGUCCAGGUCCAGCCAUCCCACCCGCAGUUCCAGUACCCCCGCCUCCACGUACCAUACCGAUGGAACGCGUCCCACCACCGGCAAUGCCUGGUGUUCAAGGUGCCGCAGCCGUGGAAAUUCAGCCAGCUCAUCAGCAAGAAACGCCAUAUCACCGUGGCUAUCCACUGUACAUUCACAGCCAGCAACACGGAGCUCACCACCUUCAUCACCAUCCUCCCCCUCCACUGAUCCCACUAGGCAACAACCCAUUUUUGGCGGGGCCACCGCAUCAUUAUCCAUUCCUGCGUCCUUCUACGCGUCUAGAAGAGUACAUGCGAUUGGUGGAACAGCGUCGAAUGGCCCAGCUAUCGCGUGGGGCUUCGCAAACGUGCAUCGAACGGAAUACGCUGUCUCAUUCAUACAAACGUCUGCUGCGUAGCAACAGCAGCGUCGAUGGUGACACCAACGAAGAUAACACCGAAAAGUGCACGAUUUGUCUGUGCGAAUUUGAAGAAGGCGAAGAUGUUCGCCGCCUACCUUGCAUGCAUUUGUUUCAUGUCUCUUGUGUUGACCAGUGGCUGACCACUGUUAAAUUUUGCCCACUUUGUCGAGUCGACAUCGAAGCCCAAGUCGAAUCGAAAGAGCAAGGGGAUUCACGUAGCUGGAGUUCAUCAUCUGCCACGUCUGACGGAGCUGCCCUCCGUUUACCUCCAGACGCAACCGAAAUGGAGGCCGGAGCUCCAGCCAGCUGAACAAGAAUUUCUGCACAUAGGUUAUUCUUCUUUUUUCAGUGCUAGUUUCCUUCACAAUAUUAUUAUACCAGUUCUGUUUGUUCGGCAUCCUUCAACGUAUUCUUGUAGUGGUGUUUAUAUUAAUUGUGUUUUCGUAAAGUUAGCGUGAUCAACGAGUCAGGAAAAGUUGUUUAUGGUCAGUUAAAAACUAGCGUUGGCUGGCGUGGGUAUCGACAUCCAUUGCCAGUGAAAAAAUUCUAUUCUACCUCAAUCUUAAUGUAGUAGAAGAAUUCAAGGAAUGAGUCGCAAGUUAAAUUAACAAUCAGCAUCAGCGCCUUUCUUCAACCUAAUUUAACUGUCAGUUUGACCGAAAUGAAGUUAAUUAUUUUUAUUAUAAUUUUCAUGUAUUGAAAUUCAUUGCUUCGAAAUCAACUUUGCUUUCAAAUUUCAACUCUCACUUUCCGACCUCCUCACCCUCCCCAGAAAAGGAGUAAAUAAAAAAGUGUUUCCUGCA